AUGUGGCGCAACCUGCCAAACUUCGUGUCCCCUCUUCCUUCUAAUGAACAGUCAAAAGGAAAGUUAUCGGUGUCAACGAGUUGUUCACGAAAGCCAAUGCUCAGCACUUCUUGGCUGCAGGGCAUGGAGAAUUACGUCACGGUAUAGAUAGAGAUCUACUUUGGCGAUAAAUCUGCGCAGCCUGGAUUUGACUGUAGUCAUUGAAACUUUCAAUUCGGAGAUGAAACAGAAAGUGGUAGUCCAACGACCUACGGGUAUAUUACCUGCCAUCGGUCUUGACCAAGUCAGAAAGUAAUAUAUAGCCGACCUAGCAAGGUAGCUGCCAAAAAAUUAUAGUGUCUGGAUUUAUAUCGCGAAAUCGAGGAGGUCAAUGGCGCAGGUGGAACCAACACGGGGUAAGAGAGAGUCUGAUUCUGACAGGUACAGAUACAACAUGAACUACGCCAGAAUCGGGCAGUGUGUCAUCAUCAACAACAAAAGAUUUGACGAAGAGACAGGAUUGAGCUUCCGCGAUGGCACAGACAUAGAUGAAAGCCUUGCGAAGGAAACAUUCAAGGGGCUGGGUUAUGACAUUAAAAUCUUCAACGACCUGACAGUAGCGAAGAUAGUAGAGGAGCUGACUAAAGUAUCGAAGGAGGACCACAGCCAAUCGGCCUCCUUCGUGUGCGUGCUCCUGAGCCACGGGAAGGAGGAGAACUUGCUGUGUGGGACCGAUGGUCUCGUGGAGCUCCCGAAACUGACCGGCCUCUUCAGAGGAGACCGCUGCGCUACCCUGGUGGGAAAACCCAAACUGUUCUUUAUCCAGGCGUGCCGUGGGACUGAUCUGGAUGACGGAGUCAUAGAGACGGACAGCGUACCUGGCGGAUCACCCGUGAAGAUCCCGGUUGAGGCGGAUUUCCUCUACGCCUACUCCACCGCUCCAGGGUACUAUGCCUGGAGGAACACUGACAGAGGCUCCUGGUUCAUCCAGUCCCUGAGUCACAUGCUGACCGAGUAUGGGAAACAGCUGGAAAUAAUGCAGAUUAUGACCCGUGUGAACAACAUGGUGGCACGGGAAUUUCAGUCAUUCAACCUACAACCAGAGCUUGAUGCCAAGAAGCAGAUUCCCUCCAUUGUCUCUAUGCUCACCAAAGAGCUGUAUUUCUCACAGUAACGCUGCCCUAAUAGAUACCGUAGGGAAAAAAAAACCAAA